GGGAGGAAGAACCCUAGCUACCCCGCCCCCACCUCGUCGCAUCCCCUCUCUCCCCCACUAUCUUCGCCGUCGCCGCCACCUCCCCCUCCGGCCUCCGUCCGCGAGGCAGCCCCCCUCCCUCCCCCCUCCGCGCUCCAGUAUUUCUUGCCGGGAGCAGCGACGGUAGCCGCCGCCCCAAUCGAGCGGGAGAGAGGGGAUCAGGACAGCGGGCGGGGGAGGAAGAGCGAGGUCCUCGAGCGGAGCACUGCAGAGGGCGAGGAGGAGCAGGAUGGUUUCGCUGUCGACGUGGUUCCGCUACGCCGCCCACAAGUUCGAGUACUCCAUCUCCCUCUCCUGGAAGAAGUACACCGUCGGGCAGAUCAACAGCACUGAGAUGACUGACGCCAUAUGGAAGAGCUUCUUCCAGGGCAAGCUCACCUUCCCGCAGUGGAUCAAAGGGGGCGAAGCCAUGGCCCCUGUCGUGGCUCCGACCGGAGGAACCGUCCUCGUCAGAAAGCUCGCCACUUUGUCCCCAAAAGAACUCUUUGUUGGGGACAUCGUCUUGUUGAAGGACCCAGAGAAAUCCGAUGAUUUAAUUGUCCGACGACUGGCUGCAGUGCAAGGCUAUGAGAUGGUCUCUACUGAUGAGAAGGAUGAGCCCUUUGUACUUGACAAGGACGAAUGCUGGGUCAUGGCAGAUAACCAAGAACUAAAGGCAAAGGAAGCUAGGGACAGCCGCCUAUUUGGGCCGGUCCCUAUGACUGAUAUUGUUGGCAGAGUUAUAUACUCUUUAAGAACUGCUGUUGAUCAUGGCCCAGUGGACAACAGCCGUGUAGCCAUGUUCCAGGAUUCGCCGGUUUUGGCGGUAGAGCUCGACGUGGAAGAGAUGGUGAAGAACAAUAAAAUGUAGAUAAUGACAUCCUGUGGUGUAUCAUUUCCCUUGCGCGGAUUUUUUAAAAUUUGUCGCUUCAAGUAGAAACUGCACGUGGAUGAUUGUUAUUCGAUGUUCGCUUGUGAUGUGGUGAAGUCAAUAAUAUCUCAUCAUAAGAAAUAAGCACACAUGUUUGCUGAAUUCUGAUCAUCCCUGGGUCUGGGUUAUUAUUACUCCAUCUUUGUUUGCACUA